CUGCUUGUCAAUUCCGGUGUUGACAUCACCAGCCACUGCUCCGAGCUUAGUUCUAGCUUUCCUCCAUCUGGGAAGGCAUCCUGAUCUGGUCAGUAUCAUAAUUUCCCCUUUCAGACCUUGUAAGCUAUUCAAGAACGCACCUGUGGUCCCUCCCAAUUCUGUACAUUCUCCUAUAGUGGAAACCCCUCGCGGGGCAGCUUGAUUUAUAUGAAGGAUGAAUAGCCGGAGCCUGAAUAUUAAUUGCAAUUUCACUGAGAAAUCAAGUCUGUUCAUGUCAACCUCUUUCGUCUUCUGAACAUUUCUCUUGGCACUACUCUAUCUAAUUCGUGAACAUAGAAAGAACUAAGCCCCUCCCUGCUGGACUGCAAACACGGACAGACACAACGCUGUAGGUCGUUGAGCUCCAGAAGCAGCCAGCUGCCACAUUAUUUCUGUUCAAGCACUUUGAAUAGCUUCAGGCUUGCUCCAAAACCAUGGCUUUUCAACCUACUCCGGCGGACAUUUCUGUCGCCAUCACCACGCCCAUGGCAAGUUCCAGUACCGAGCCACGCUUGCUAACAGAGCGUCGUAUCACUCCCACUUGGAGUGUCUCGCAGCUUAAGGGCAAGCUGGAGACUAUGACAGGCGUACCUCCCGGUAGCCAGCGGCUGCUUCUCAAGUCCCCGGGUCGUCCUGACCAAUGGGUUGAAGGCGACGACUCCAUCAUUGGGGACUGGGGGUUGAUGAAGGGCUGUGAGAUUGAGGUCCACGACACUCGUCCUCAAGCAGCCCGGCCAAAUUUCACCGACCUAUCAUCCGUCGAGAAAUACGUCCUUCCUACAUCCACCUACGAAUCACUCUCGAACUCUGUUCUAGCAUGGAAGAAGAACCAAAAACUUGGCCGGUUCGAUCCAAAUGCUCUAACUCCGGAAGAGUCGAUCCGUCAGCAGUCAGAGAAAGAUGCUGCUGAGAUUCAACAGAGAGGUAUUGCUGUUGAUAAACGUGCUAUCGUCUUGCCCUCGUCCCCGCCUCAUAUCCGACGAGGAACGAUUCGAUUUGUUGGCCCAGUGCCUACGAUCCCUUUCCCGGGCGUGGACCCCAAGAAGGUGCAGUUAGAUCCCGAGGCUCUCCCUCUCUGGGUGGGAAUUGAGCUUGAUGAGCCGUUGGGGAAGAACGAUGGCAGCGUAGGCGGCCAAAGGUUCUUCACCUGCCCGAAUAAGACUGGUGUUUUCGUGAAGCCUGAGAAAGUCGAGGUAGGAGACUUCCCGCCGUUGGAUUUGGAUGACUUGGAUGAUGAAAUAAUGGAGGAAAUUUGAUACUUUCUUCCAAAGCGUCAAGUAUGAACACACGAAUCAACACAAAAUAAAGCAAAGCCUGCUACAAUGUACUCCUAAUCUCCCUCAAGUUACUCCGAUAAAUCUACAG